GGUCGCUGCAGCCACCGCUCAAUAGUGACUGCACACCAACCCGCCCCAAGAGGCAUAUAUAACCUCGGGUCCAGCACGUUUUCAAAACUUAUUUCACUCUUUGAGUCGCAUCACUCGUUCAGUCACAGUCUCACCUUGAACCCACCUUUGAUCCAACCAUGGCCACCAUCAAGAAUUCCAAUUUGCCGGCCACGGAAGCAGCCAAUCGCGUCGACAUUGUCGUGGCCCACUACAACGAAGACCUCUCCUGGCUGAAGCCCGAGGCCGCCGAUGUCAUCAUCUACUCCAAAGGAAACCUGCCUAAAGGAAAACACUUCCGCCAGAUCCACCACCUCCCCAACAUCGGCCGCGAGAGCCACACCUUCCUCCACCACAUCGUAACGCGGUACGAGACGCUGGCACCCGUGACGCUGUUCCUACAAGGCAGCCGAGACGGGGCAGCCUGCAUGCGCGAACACACGACCAUGAGCAUCACCGCGAUGAAGAACCGCGCGCUGACGACCAAAACCGGCGAGAUGAUGGUGUUCGGCUCGCAGGCGCUCGGCACCGUCCGCCCGUUCCAGCGCUGGGAGCGCGCCGACUGGCACGACGACCCCGACCGCAUCUUCUGGAUGAAGCAGCAGGCUGUCACCGGCGUCGAGCAGCUCACCGCCGACUGCAGCCCCGGCCAGUUCUGGGCCCGCGUUUUUGGCUACCCCCAUCCGCCGCAGAUCAUGUUUGCGGAGGGCGCCCUGUUUGCUGUCCGUGCCGAGUCGAUACGUGCCAGGCCCAAAGAGUUCUAUGAACGCCUCCUCGAUAUGUUCGUUGUUGCUGAUCAUGUCAAUCCCGAGAUCGGCCAUUUUGUAGAGAAGUUUUGGGAGGAAAUCAUUGCUUGUAAGGUCGUGGGGCAUUAGCAGGGUGUUGGUGCUGGUGUUGUUCUGGGUUGCAUAAUAUGGGGUAUUAGUUAGAGUUUUCGCUACUUGUUGCUUGGACAGGCACGCAUAAUUCUCUUUCGUUGUGUUCAUUAUACAUUUUUCGUUUACUUGUUCCUAACACCCGACUUUGGUCACCAUCAUCUAGCGAAGCACUGAAAAGGCUUGCGCCUCAGAGAUGUCUCAUCAGCUGGCAAAUAGCGCGAAUUUGGUCUCCCGAGGUAUCGGUAACGUUAUGAUAUCGUCGGCCUUGCCGAUUGUAUGGUUUGCUCUCAAGUCGUUAUCUUAUACUGUUAAGUACCGGCGUGCCAUAGCUUACAUGCAGCUGCGG